CGUCGGAUGGUUAUGCAGAGUUCAUCAUCGAACUCAUCAUCAUCAUCGGAGGACACUGACACAACUGGCGAUGGCUUAGAAAAGUUUGAAAACAAGAGAAUGAAGAAGUUUCUGCCAAUGAACUUAAAAGUGGAAGACAUAAUGACAAGUGCCUUCAAAGAUCGAGCCCAUGUUGGAUCCAGCAUGGCUGAUGUCGAACCAAUGAAUGUCGACACAUCUGUGACCUUCAAAGACGUGGGCGGCCUUGAUAAAAUUCUCUUCUCACUGAAAGAAAUGGUCAUCCUGCCUCUGAUCUACCCAGAGUUUUUCAAAAGUUUCAAGGUCAAUGCACCCAAGGGCGUCCUCUUCUAUGGGCCACCUGGCACUGGAAAGACACUGGUGGCUCGAGCUCUGGCUAACGAGUACAGUCGCGGCAAAAGUAAGAUCGCAUUCUUCAUGAGGAAGGGUGCCGACUGUUUGAGCAAGUGGGUUGGUGAGUCAGAGAAACAACUGAGGAUUCUGUUUGAUCAGGCUUAUCAGAUGCGACCCUCCAUCAUAUUCUUCGAUGAAAUUGACGGUUUGGCUCCAGUUCGUUCGAGCAAGCAGGAGCAGUUCCACAACUCCAUUGUUACAACUCUAUUGGCUCUGAUGGAUGGCCUGGAUGACAGGGGGGAAGUCAUCGUGAUCGGAUCAACCAAUAGGAUCGAUUCUAUUGACCUUGCGUUCAGGAGACCUGGAAGAUUCGAUAGGGAAUUGUGGUUUCCUCUGCCCUCUUAUGAGGGUCGACGUGAUAUUUUGAAGAUAUAUACAUCAGAUUGGACACCAAAGUUGUCAGAUGAUGUCUUGCAUUAUUUGGCAUCCAACACCAUUGGUUACAGUGGAGCAGACUUGAAGUACUUAUGUUCGGAGGCAGCCCUGAAUGCACUGCACGGAACCUACCCACAGAUAUUCUCCACAGGCGACAAAUUGUUGAUCGACACGAAGGAGAUCCAGGUCAGUCCCAAAGACUUCCUCACUGCGAUGAAGACGAUUGUUCCAUCGUGUGACCGAUCCAUCACGCCAUUCGCAAAAAUGUUGCCUCCAUUUCUGAAGCCUCUCAUUGGACGACAGUUGCAAGAACUUUCCCGACAGGUCACUGAGAAGAUUUUUCCUAAGGAGAAAAUCAAAGGACUUCUUUCAAAAUUUUCUAGAGGGCCAGGAGCAACAAAUGAAUUUGAAGAAGUUUUUGAUUGUGAUCUGCCAGAUAUCAACUCCAGGCACUCAGCACUGGUCAGCUUGAAGUCCAACAGUUUGUUGGUGUGUGGCCGGGCUGGACAGGGACACACCAAGUACAUCUGUCCUGCCCUCCUCCACCUGUUUGAUAACCUACCAGUCCACGUCAUCAACCUGCCCGCCUUGUAUGGUAAUGAGUUCAAAACUCCAGAGGAGUCACUGGUGCAUAUAAUAAAGGAGUGUAAGUUGCACACUCCAUCCAUCCUCUACCUUCCGAACAUCAACCAUUGGUGGAAAGAGGUCAGCCGUUCAGUUCUCUCCAUUCUUGUUUCUAUGGUCGAUGAACUUUACCACACAGUUCCUGUUUUUGUUCUGGGGUCAUGUGACGUCAUUGAUUACGAUGAUCAUGAUCCCGUGCCUGACGUGAUCCUCAACUUGUUUAAUCACAAGAGGGAGAUCAGUACGCCAACAGAGGAGGACAGGGAAGCUUUCUUCCAGGAUCUCAUCUUCAGCAUUUUCGAUCAACCAAGGAUAAUAAAACCAUCAGACAGGAGAAGAGCCAAAACAUCAGUGCCUCUACUUACUGCUCCACCCGUUGAACUGCGCAAGUUGAGCAGCUUGGAACUGGAGAAGUUGAAGGUGAUGGAGGAGAAGACGUUGAGAGAACUGAGGUUAUUCUUGAGAGAUGUUAUCAACAAGUUGAGCAGGGAUCGCAAGUUUGCCAUCUUUUCGAAGCCUGUUGAUGAAGAUGAGGUGCCAGAUUAUUACAACAUCAUUCAUCGCCCCAUGGAUCUCUCAACCAUGAUGUCCAAGAUUGACCUGCACAAGUAUCACACUGUAGGGCACUUCCUUCAGGACAUUGACCUCAUCGUCAGCAAUGCAUUGGAGUACAAUCCUGAAACUGAUGAAGCUGAUCGCAGCAUUCGGCACCGCGCAUGCGCGCUGAAGGACACGGCAUACUGGAUCAUUGACAGCAGGCUGGACGAGGACUUCGACAAACUUUGCAAGGACAUCUACAUUUCGAAAAUCAACAGAGGUUCGUCUGCAGUUCUGAUCUGUUGUUGCAAUCAAUUUACUUAG